UAUGGGCAGCCGUCCUAUAAGAGGCCUCGAGUCCGCCGGCGCAUCGCAACCCCACCACAAACCCGCGCCGGCCGCCGCCUCCACCGAUUGAUCGAUCGCCGGGAAACUGACCUCUGCCGCUGCUGAGUUCGGAGCCUUCGUCGACGAUGUCUGGAGCCGGUGAGGAGGACAAGAAGCCCGCGGAGGCGGGCGGCGCCCACAUCAAUCUCAAGGUCAAGGGACAGGAUGGCAAUGAGGUUUUCUUCCGCAUUAAGAGGUCCACCCAGCUGAAGAAGCUGAUGAACGCCUACUGUGACCGCCAGUCUGUGGAUAUGAAUGCCAUUGCAUUCCUGUUUGAUGGCCGCAGGCUUCGCGGCGAGCAGACCCCGGAUGAGCUGGAGAUGGAAGACGGCGAUGAGAUUGACGCCAUGCUUCACCAGACUGGAGGCAGCGUUCCUGGCGCCUAGAUGCAGCCGUUGCAGAGCCUCUUUUGCUGCGCCAUGCUCCGCCUUCCCUAGCAGUAAACUAAAGAAGUCUUUUUAAGGAACUUGUGAUGCUCUGGCACCCUGUGCCAUUGCUGAGGGACAUCAUUAGCCUUGUUUAGUAUGGUUUGGUACCUUUGUCUGUCAUAUGACUCGUUUAUCUAUCCCCUAAUAUAUCCCGCCAUGUUUGUACUCCCAAUGAUGCUCCGAUGAUUUGUUUUGUUUUGCCUGCUCGAAGUGUGCUUUGCUUUA